UAGAACUUUUGAUUCUCGGCAGAAACGUGUAUGGCGAAGUGCGAUCGACUCGUCGAUGCGCAGCUGUCUUGCCGUGUUUAUAAUUACAAUUUUCUCGAAACGCGAGUGUAAAUAAACAGUUUGUUUUAUUUCGUUGCAACUAAUAUGAAGUGAUUCAAAUGUUUGUUUAAACGUGUCGAUUUAUGUGCAAAUAAAGCCUUCGUUUUUAAACCGCUUCUCGCAAUGACAAGGGAGAGCAUUCAGUUACCUUUUGAGAAACCAAAGGCAUUUAAAAUGUGUCUUAUGGCCUGAUUGUUGCCUAUAUAACGUAUAAGUGCAUCGUUCGUUCAUAAGGACUAAUAAAAGUGUGUUUUUGGUGACACUAGGAAUAUUUUAUCAGUUCGUCAGUCGUCUACACGUACGUUCAAAAUGAGUGUUUUUAGUGGUUUGAGCAAAACUGAUGUCAAAACAGCGAGCGAUGGUCUGUUGGAGAUCACAGAAGAGAAGCUGCGAAGCAUCAUGCGUUCGGAACCCAUCACGGACAUCUACCAUGUAGAACAGACACCAUUCGCAAGAGGUAAAUUCGCAUCGGUCCGCAAGAUCCGUCACCUGGUGUCGGGCGAGGAGUUCGCAGCCAAGUUCAUCCGCAAGCGGCGGCGGGCGGCCGACACCUCGCGGGAGAUCCAGCACGAGGUCGCCGUGCUAGCGCUGUGCUCCGACUGCUCGCGCGUUGUACGCUUACACGAGGUAUACGAGACCCGCUCGGAGGUGGCCAUCGUGCUGGAGCUGUGCGCCGGCGGCGAGCUGCAGCGUCUGCUGGACGAGGAGGAGCGCCUGUCGGAGGGCGCGGCCCGGCGCGCGCUACGCCACGUGCUGGAGGGGCUGGCUCACCUGCACGCGCGGCGCCUGGCGCACCUCGACCUCAAGCCGCAGAACCUGCUGCUGUCGGCGGCCGGCGACCAGCUGCUCAUCUGCGACUUCGGCAUCAGCCGCGCCAUCCAGCCCGGCGCGCACGUGCGGGAGAUCCUCGGCACCCGCGACUAUGUCGCGCCCGAGAUCCUAUCGUACGAGCCGCUGUCCCUGGCGGCAGACAUCUGGUCCGUGGGCGUGCUAGCGUACGUCCUCCUGAGCGGCUACUCGCCCUUCGCCGGCGACACCAAGCAGGAGACCUACCUGAACAUCGCGCAGUGUCAGCUCUCCUUCCCCAAAGAUCUGUUCCGCGGCGUCUCGCAGCGAGCCAAACAGUUCAUUCGGGAGACCCUUGUGGUUGAUCCAAAGGGUCGCCUCACAGUUGAAGAGUGCCUGGAGCACCCGUGGUUGAAAGACGAGGGCGACAUUCCCCGAGUGAUCGUCGGCGUCGGGUUCGGCGCGGGCGACCUCGUGUCCGACAACGACAACGACACAGACGACAAUGACUCCGGCAGCGACGAGGCGCAGCGGCCGACCAACGGACACAGCAGUGCGGGCGGCCUGAAUGGACACAGUGGCGCCACCAACGGUACCAGCGACGACAAAGAGAGUAUAUCUCGGUCGUCGUCGACGUGCGCGCUGGAGGAGUGUCGCGGCGAGGAGGAGCGCGGGGGGGAGGAGCGCGCGGGGGACAAGCCCCUGAAGCACGCGCGGGACGUGUCGCCACCCUCGCCCUCGCAUGACGCGCCCUCCACGCCCAAGGUUUCGCGCAAGUCUCACCCGUCGCCGCCCUCAGUGCUCGCGCUGUGCAAGAAGUUCCAGCCGGACUACGAGAAGCCGGCCAAGAUGUCGCACGGGCACGGGCCCGCGGAGUGUGCCGGCUGCGCGUGCCCGUGCCCCGCGCCCUGCCUGCGCGUGCCGCCGCAGGACCGCGCCGUCUUGUGCUAGCGGGCACUGUGCUGCCCGUGGCGGCGGCGACCCUGACGUCACUCCCGUGGCCCGCUAGCGCCAAACACACACCGUGUUACGUACACCGCUAAAUCCACAUGUUGUGCUAACUACGGUCAUGGUUUUACGUGCAAGCCAUCUGUGCUAUUAAACACGCAGUGAGUGAAACAGAGACUAAAGGUUAUAUAGCGUGAUAGAGCUUGUAUAUUACUGAAAUACAUUACACGUAUCUACAUUAUAUGUAUCUUUCCAGGGCGAUCAGUGAACGUGUUAAAUAGUUACUUAUGGGAUAUCACCAGUGAUUUCUUUCGAUGACAGCCCGAUAGAUAUUUCGGCCGUGUUAAAAACGCCAUACUCGCCGGUUGACAUCACAGAUGUCCCGUAAAUUAAACUAUUUACUUACAUAGAGUAUGAAUUGUAUUAAAUGUCAUUUUUGUAACAAAACACCAAUGUGCCUAAUGAGUACCAACAUUGUCAUUGUUCAAAUUUAUAAAAUUAGUUAUAGAAUAUUUACUUGUUGUUAUUAUGACUGUAUACAUACGGGACCAAUUUUUAAUUAAUUAUCAGGGAUUAAUAGUAAAAUACCAAUUUUGAUACAUAUAUGUAUUACAUCAGAAGCGUGAUACUUUUGUCGAAUAAUUACAGCACCUUCUGUCUGAACCAAUGCAUAGUAUUGUUCAAAUCCGUGGCACUCCUGUGUGAAGUGUCUUUAUGUUACUAAAUCAAUUGUGCCAAUAGAUGUAAAAAUAGUAACUACAAUCCAAAAAUACAACGUGAGUAUAUGAUAUGCUCUUUCUAUUGAAUCAUUUUUUGUGGCUUUGCAGGUGACAUUACUAAAUAUCCUGAAGAGUCAGAUAGAUAGAUAAAUCAUUGAAAGAAAUCGUCAUUAUAUGAUAAUGGGAGUCAGGUCUGCUGCUGAGUUCUGCUUCAGGCGAGACAAACGAUCUAGUUAUUAAAAUUUGCGGUCAUGGAUAGAUUGAGCUUAUGAUUGAAUGUUGUGAAUUUAAAAAGUAUUAUUAAAAACAAAUGUAAACCGGAAUGUAAUUCAUUAAUGAUAAGUUUUGUACUAACUUGAGUACGUUUUUUUGGCGCUAUAUCGACGUAACACAACGAGCGUCCAUCUGAAGUUAGCCUGAGUUGUACGGGUGGCAGAGAUGCGGGUCGCGGGAGCAGGCGAACGUGUUCUGUUGUUGUAUUACUGUAGUGUGUUAUUAGCACGAGCCGUCUGGCUGUAAAUAAUGUAGCAUAAGUCUAUUGUGUAUAGUUUAUCGUAGGGACCCGAUUACGCGAACUCUCGCCUAAAAUAAGAUGCUGCGUUAGGCCUGCCCGCACCUCUCAUAUAUGUAUAUAUAUUUUUGAUUUUAAGAACAUACAUUUCGGCAACAGAAGCUGAAAGCCGCCGGUCGUGACAAAUGUGUGUGAUAUUGUCGGGACGUGUGUGGCGGGCCUAAGCUAGCGAUUCCGAUAGUUUUAGUUAUGUUAUUAUUAUUAUUAUGUGUUUAAUUGAUAUUAGUGCAUCGAAGAAUUGAUUAAGUGUUUGUUGGUGAGAGUUCGUGCAGUAAUCGCGCUCCUACAGACGCGACGGUACAAAACGCAUAAUGCGCCGCUCGACGGUGUGUCAGGCCCACUCUGUACAUAACCUCACAAACCGCUGCGGUAUUAAUUUAUUAUACGUACACGUGGUGCCGUGUCUAGGGCGCUACCCUUAGUUAGGUAUAUUGUUAUUGCAUAGAGUAGAUACGUUCACGAUCGUAUUCUAGCUUGCUAAGUGUUAGGUAAUGUUGAACAGUUAGUAUGUGGGCGCGCGGGACCAACACGUGCGUGACGUGCCAAGCCGGCCGAUGUCACGCUCCACGAGAUAUAUAUAUAUAUACCUGUAUAUCACUCGGAGUGACACGUUCGUUGUUAAAGUAGAUAGGAAAUUGUUAAGAGAUGGAUUUUAUUAUGAGCUCAAAUCGUGCAAAGUCUACUUAAACGCUAUCGUCAGAGAUUUUUUAUUUUUGUUUCGUUUCUCUUGAACGCCUUAGCUUACGGUACUGUGCUGUAGUAUCACUUAUGUUUUAUUUCUUCGUAGAUGUAGUUUUGUUUACGAGCGCUAUUUCUAUUUUUUAACAUUCACUGAAUGAGUGAACUCGAAGAUUGUUAUUAGAGCUGUUGUGAUCCAUAACUCAUUUGUAAAAAUAAAUUAUUGUGAUACAAA